AUCGGAUGGACCGAAUUGGCCUCGGAUGCCGAUUUCCUACACGGUUUGGGAAAGUUGAUUUGCGAUGGAUUGGGCGUGCCGGCCAAUCAGGAGGCUGGCUUCAUACUUUUGGCCAAUCUGUGCACAACUGUUCACACUGAUAUGAAGUAA